CUUCAGUGUGUGUCUGCUGCUGGAGUGAGCAGCAGACAGCGACUGAGCGACGCGAGAGAUACCAGCCUUUCGCAACUAAGUACUAACAAUUUCAACGUAACGCCUAGUUUACAACACGCGCUCCGCACAUUCCUCAACUAUAUCCACUAUAAACGGACUCCAACAAAGACACCACAGGGCGGGCGUUCGCAUCCCCUCUAGCAUUUUUAUACCGACUAGGAAGACACUCCUAACAAGCCAGCAGGCAUAACCACCAAUGAAGUUAACUCUUCUGGUGUUAGGGGUGGGGCCGGGGAGCUGACCUGUGCAAGUCCGGGUCAUUCCUGGCCGCACCCUCUCACUGAUCGCUACACACACGGAUACAAAUCACAGGACUGCAUAUAAUGUGAAUAUUCGUGUGUGGUCGAGGGCUCUCAGAAGAUGCUAAUGGUGGCCAACGGCAGCGGUUCUCUUCACCAGUCUGCCAUGUCGUCAUCACAGAGCUACAUAACCAACACCAUGUGUAAAGUCCAGACCUACAAGUCUGCCAGCGUGGUGCUGGAAGAGUCUACGACGAGACCCGGUCCCGUACCAGCGAGCGAGGCGCCGGGUCCCGCCCCCACCACCGCCGACUACACACUGACGGGACGCUGGGUGCGCAGGCUUGGGUACGCUGAGAGGUUCAUGACGCAUGCGCACGACUACGGCUGCAUGACCACCGUCUACUCCCUGUGGCUCGAGUCCCGCAUGCCGCUGGAUUUUGAGCUCAUCAAGCAGGCCUCUGUCUUGAUGUUCAGAAAAAUGCCUAACCUGCGGUUACACUUGGACUACCUGGAUGGCGACUUGUGGUGGCGCGAGAUGACGAGGGAGGUGGUGGACGUGGAGGAGCUCUCCACACACGACGUGGAAGCUACCGUGCAGAACCUGGUGCGGCGCCGUUACAGAGUCCAUGAUGGACCUCUCUGGUUUACUCGAUUUGUUACUCUCGACCCCAGUGAGGAGUGUGUGAGAGAUAGCAAUCACAAUUUAAAAUACAAGUAUGUGUGCAUUUUUGGCUUCCAUCACAAUAUUAGUGACGGAAGCACGAAUAUGAAGUUCUGCCAGGUGUUCCUCAAAGUGCUCAAUGCCCUGGUGGAGGGGAAACAUGUUAACCUGUGCCAAGAAGGAACAUUUUCAGUGCCUGUUCACGAUGAGCUCGGCAAAAAGAUUUCAUCAAUCUGGUUUGUGGCUGGAAUCUUUUUACAGCGUUUCUACACCGUCGUCCUCACGUGGGGACUUCCAUUGUGGAACUUUACACAUUAUUAUAGAAUGCCAAUAAAGAGAGAAGCUGCGACGCAUGUACUGCAGAAUGAACUGGAUGAAAUCACCACUUCUAAACUACUAAGUCGAUGUAAGAUGGAAGGGGUGACGUUAAACUCUGCGUUUACAGCAGCGGCCAACAUUGCUCUUUAUAAGAUGAUUUUAGCCAAGAACAGUAGUAUAGAGGAAGAAAAUAUUUGCUCACAACAAGCUAUAAAUAUGAGGAGAUACUGGCCAAAGUCAUUACGAGAAAACGCCUUCGGAUGUCAUAUAUCUCUGUUGGAUUUGAAAUUUCCUACAAGGCGAAGUGAUUUAACAGCUUUCUGGGAGUAUACUCGUGGCAUCCACAGCGUUUUGCACCAUCACCUAACAGUGUCCCUGCGGCCUCUCAAGCUGCAGCCUAUGAGCGAGAACCUGAGCAUCAUCAUCCGCUACAAUGCAGUCUUAGCUAAGUUAGGCUUGCCCACGGCGAAUGAUAACCAUUACACUGUGACCAAUAUGGGUAACCUAAGCAGCACCUUCCCUGGGACCGGAGCAGAGGUGGAGGUAUCCAAGGUGCUGCGCUCUGUCUCCUGCCACUUUAUGCCCACACUCUGCCAACACACACUCCAAACCUUCCGUGGACGCCUCUGCUACUCUCUCGACUAUUACACACAGAAAAUGACGAGAGAAAUUGCUUCCCAAUACGCUGAGGAGAUCCUCAGCGUCCUCACCUCGUCAAUCCACACGCCCAACUGACCCUAACCAACUCCGCCCUACAACCCAAAGCAGCACAUAAACACCUGCCAAAGAAGCUUCAAUACCAAGCCGUCCAUAAACUUGCAUCACUAAGACAUUCUCUCAUUAACUCCCAAUUACAUCAACACGCUGCUCACCCACACGACACAGAUAGGGCUCCUAUAUACCUCCUGCCAUGUAUGGCAGAUAAUGUACAAAUCCCAUAUAUGCAUUUUGGACAUAGACCAGUAUUAAGUACGAGUCAAAAUGCUUAAACACUGACUCCUGCUACAUUAUUUUAAGGCCACUAAUGAAUAUCAGUUAAGAUUGUUUUAAAUAAGCUUAGAAUAAAUGUUAAUCAUGAG